AUGCCGUCCACAGCACAGGCUGUGACCACGGCUCAUGAACAUGCCGGUUCUCUGAGCAAUGGCAAUCCCGGGUCCACAGCUGAUGCCUCGGUGCCAGCACCGCCAUCCGCUGGCAGGAGGCGUCACAGCAAGUAUCGCCAUGUUGCAGCUUACCACGCUCACCUGCGACAUUCGAGUCUCAGCCGUGAUGCAGAAGCAUCCCCCAGCUUUCUCGGGUUUCGAAAUCUGAUGGUUCUCGUACUUGUGGCUAUGAAUCUUCGAUUGAUCAUUGAAAAUUUUAUGAAAUACGGGGUCCUUAUCUGCAUCAAGUGUCACGACUACCGACAACAAGAUGUCAUCCUUGGAUCGAUCCUGUUCGCCCUCGUACCGUGCCACCUCUUCCUGGCGUAUGCCAUUGAGCUCUCCGCUGCCAGCGCUGCAAAGCAGACAGUUGGCCAGCAGAAGCGGACUGCGGAGGAAAAAGAACGCGAUCAGCAGGCCUUCCGAUCCACCUGGCGUUACACGGCCCUGCUGCACACCCUGAAUGCGACAAUCUGCCUUGCCCUCACCAGCUUUGUUGUCUACUUUUACAUCCACCACCCGGGCAUCGGAACCCUCUGUGAGCUUCAUGCGAUCAUCGUAUGGCUCAAGAAUUGCUCAUAUGCCUUCACCAACCGUGACCUUCGGCUGGCCUUCCUGAACCCCUCCGCCGACCCAGAUCUCCCGGAAAUCUACGCAGCCUGUCCAUACCCGCGCAAUGUGACACUGGAAAACCUUGCGUAUUUCUGGAUGGCACCGACUCUGGUCUAUCAACCUGUUUACCCACGCACUGCCGCCAUUCGAUGGUCCUUUGUUGCCAAACGGCUGGCCGAGUUUGUAGGCCUUUCCAUGGUGAUUUGGCUCCUCUCGGCGCAAUAUGCGACCCCCGUCUUGCGCAACUCCAUCGACAAGAUUGCGGUUAUGGACAUUACUUCCAUUCUGGAGCGCGUCAUGAAGCUGUCGACGAUCUCGUUGAUCAUCUGGCUCGCUGGAUUCUUCGCCCUCUUCCAGGCGCUGUUGAACGCGUUGGCCGAGGUCAUGCGAUUCGGGGACCGUGAGUUCUAUACCGAUUGGUGGAACAGCUCUAGUCUUGGAGCAUACUGGCGAUCGUGGAACCGACCUGUCUAUCUGUUCAUGAAGCGACAUGUGUACUCGCCACUCGUCGGACGGGGCUGGAGCCCAUUUGCCGCCAGUACGAUGGUGUUCACCCUCUCUGCCAUUCUCCAUGAAAUGCUGGUAGGCAUCCCCACCCACAACUUUAUCGGUGUUGCCUUUUUUGGAAUGAUGUUCCAAUUGCCGCUGAUUACUUUGACCACGCCCCUGGAGAAGAUGCGUGGUCCGCACGGGAAGACGAUUGGCAACUGCAUCUUCUGGGUGAGUUUCUGUCUGGUUGGACAACCUCUGGGAGCUCUGCUGUACUUCUUUGCCUGGCAGGCCAAGUACGGAAGCGUCAGCCUGCCGUCAUUUGGUGUCGCCUUGGGUGUCAUUCCCGUUCUGGGCUUCAUCCACGGAACCAUCACCGGUAGCUUUCGCAAGCAGGCCAAGGUCCCCUACCCCCACUCCUACGCCAGCCUCGAGCAGUGCAAAGAAAACCCCAAGGCUGAGCAAUUCAACUGCGCCCAGCGCGCUCACGCCAACUUCUUGGAGAAUGCGUCGCAGACGAUGCUCUUCACCCUUGUGGCGGGUGUGAAGUAUCCCCAAUUGGCGACAGCUCUCAGUGCUGCUUGGGUCGUUUCGCGCUGUCUGUUCCUGUAUGGCUAUGUCUACUCGGGCAAGCCUCAGGGUCAGGGUCGAUUGAUCGGUGCGACCUUCUGGCUCGCCCAGGGUGCGCUCUGGGGAUUGAGCGUGUUUGGCGUCGGCAAGGAGCUGCUCUCAUGGUAG